AUGGCAGAAAUGGUCGAAGCAGCUCCUAAGAAGAUCAUUUUGUGCUGCGAUGGUACCUGGCAAUCCUCUGUGAGCGGGAAGCACAACCUGCCAUCCAACAUUACACGCAUUGCGAGGACCAUUGCGAAAGCCGGUCAGGACAAAGAAGAUGGCAAGGUCUGGCAGCAGAUUGUUUACUACGACUCCGGUGUGGGAUCCGGCAGCUUGUCAUCACUCGAAUCUAAACGCCAGGGAGCUACUGGGGAUGGUCUGGUGGUCAACGUGCUCGAAGCCUACAACUUUGUGGUUAACAACUAUUCGCCAGGAGACAAGAUUUAUUGUUUCGGCUUCAGCAGGGGCGCAUUUACAGCUCGAGCAAUUGCUGGCAUGAUUACCGACCUUGGUGUCAUGAAGCCCGACUCCAUGCAGUACUUUGCAUCUCUAUUUGCCGCUUAUCAGAAGAACACGAGCAAAUACACCUUUCGAAAGACCAAAGAAUACUUCGAGUGGAAGCACGGAAAAGCUCCGUUCGUACCUGAAAGCCAGAAAGAGACGUGCGAUGUCAAGAUUCCUUGGUACGACAUGGGUACGUACGCCGAGGAGUAUGAAAACUCUCGAUCGAUUGAGCUUGUCGGUGUUUUCGAUACCGUGGGAAGUCUUGGAUACGCAGACUCCUACGUCCACAGCCAUGCAUCAAGUCGGCAGGGCUUUGAGUGGCUUAAUGUCAAGUGGAGUCCAUAUGACCGUCGCCAGCCUUUCCUACCAACAUUGUACUACAUCCCGAAUUGUAGCGAGGAGACCAUCUCAAAAGAGAACGAAAAACUAGCAGAGGGAAGAAGCGUCCAUAUCAAUGUCGGUGGAGGAACAGACGAUGCAAAGACCGAUUUUGAAGGAUUGGCAAACAUCACUUUUGCAUGGAUGGUCGAGCAAUGCCGACCAUACCUCGCCUUCAAUGACUUUACGAACGCCACACUCGCCAAUUACCUACAACGCAUGAUCGCAGUUGAUGCUGAACAAUCUUUACGCGCGAAGGAAGCGGCCCCUACGGGCAUGGUCGGCUCGACUGUUGCUGCCAUUACUGAAGACUUGAAUGCGACAAAGAAGUGGCUUGGUUCGUUCUUUUCGUCCAACGACAAAGCAACGCCCAAAGAGAAAAUGGUUCGAACCUACUGCUUCAGCGCGAGCGUCGUCCCACCUGUCAAGCCUGACCACUGGACCCUGUUUCGCAACCAGGAUAGCUAUAGCCUGAUGUACAAGGUAAUCUCACACCCGGAAACCCGCACACCCGGCAACUGCAACGACCAGUCCACGGAAGAUCACACGCCCCUGUCUAAACUUGGAGAGACUAGAGAAUGGAUGCACCCGUCGGUGAAAUGGCGACAAGACAAGUCCACGGGCCACGCAGAUAAGGAGCUUCAGUACAACUCCGAGCCUCUAAAAGCAUUGGCGUACGAUCGGAAAGAUGGGGUCUGGGGGUGGAAGCAAAGCGCGGACAGCAAAGUACCUGUAUGGAUCCCGGAAUGGCCAAUUGAGGCUGCGCUCGAAGAAGAAGACGAGAGCUCGUACAGCGAGAACGCGGAACUGGCGCUAGUUGACGCGUGUCUUGACAAAAAGGCCGUACGAGAGUUCCUGAAAGAGCACGCUACAGCCUGGAACAAGGCGAAUGCUUCGGUAGUAGGAGAACUACAUGCUCAGGUAUAUGUUUGA